CACACGAAGCUGAAGCCAGGAAAUUGUGGUUGCUUAGCAAAGUUUCACAUCCACUAUCCAAAGUUUGGAGACGUGCUGCUCGGUUGCUGUUUGUGCUGUAAACUUACAGCAACUAUUUCAUACACGUUUUUCUCCCAAGUCGAGGUUCGGGUUGCAACGCUGACCGCGCAAAAAUGUCCGUCGCAGGAUUUAAGAAGCAGUUUUACAAAGCUACUCAGUUGAUGAGUGAGAAGGUUGGAGGUGCAGAGGGCACUAAACUGGAUGAAGACUUCAGGGACCUGGAAAGGAAAUCUGAUGUUACCAGCAAAGCAGUAGUGGAAGUCCUCAAUAAAACAACAGAGUACAUCCAGCCAAAUCCAGCGUCAAGAGCUAAGCUUAGUAUGCUCAGCACAGUGUCCAAAAUCCGUGGGCAGGUGAACAGUCCAGGCUACCCGCAGCCUGAGGGCCUUCUGGGGGAGUGUAUGACUAAAUAUGGACAGGAGAUGGGCGAGAACAGCAACUUUGGUGGGGCUCUUCUAGAUGUAGGAGAGUCAAUGAAGAGAUUGGCCGAGGUCAAGGAUGCGUUGGAUAUUGAUGUGAAGCAGAACUUUAUUGACCCACUGCAGGCAAUCGCUGAAAAGGACAUCAAAGACAUUCAGUACCACCUGAAGAAGUUGGAAAGCCGCCGUCUGGACUAUGACUAUAAAAAGAAACGUCAAGGUAAAAUCCAAGAUGAAGAGAUCAGGCAGGCCCUCGAAAAGUUUGACGAGUCCAGAGAGAUGGCUGAGCGCUCCAUGUACAACCUCCUGGAGACAGAUGUGGAGCAGGUGACUCAGCUGUCCUCUUUUGUAGAGUCUCUGCUGCAGUAUCACAGACAAGCCACGCAGAUUAUGGAGGAGCUUUCUGAAAGACUGAGAGAAAGGGCAAAUGAUAUUCAGUCUCGUCCAAAACAACAAUACACACCUAAACCCAAACCAGCCUUUGACUUUGGAGGGGUGGAACACUCAAAUGGAGGAUACUCAUCAUCUGCUACAAGCCCUCAGGCUUAUUCUCCUGCCCCAGCACAAGGGCCAUCCUUCCAAAGAACCUCCGUCAAGAACAGAAGGACUGAGCCUUGCUGUAAGGCCCUGUAUGACUUUGAGCCAGAGAAUGAUGGAGAGCUGGGCUUCCAGGAGGGUGACAUCAUCAAAUUGGUCAGUCAGAUUGAUGAGAACUGGUAUGAAGGAACCCUUCGUGGAAAAUCAGGAUACUUCCCCAACAACUAUGUUGAAAUAGUGGUUCCUCUGCCACGCUGAAAACGGGGGGGCAACGAGGGACAAGCAGGAUUAAGAUUAUGAAAAGUGGAUGAUAAAGGAUUACCAGCGCUAUCAAUAACAAAGAUGUUUUUUUUUUUUUUUUAAGUGAAAGGGUAAACAUUAAGACAACAACCGUUAUUUUUUGUAUCUUGAGGUUAAAGCGUAUAUGUAGAUUUGUUAAAACAUUAAGGACAGGAAUGUCCAAUGAGCAAAAUUAGGUCACAUUACUUGGGUGCUUCUCCCAUAUCCUGAGUCUUUAUAGCCAUUCUCCAUGCACCUGUGCACUUUUUACACUACACCUCUAUCACCAGGACUGAUGAAAAAGACCGAGAGAGAAUGGUGUAUGUUUAAAAAAAAAAAAAGUGUUCAGCUGUGUCCACAAACUCUUAAGAAGUGCAACUACUUUAUUUUUCUUAUCCUAUUUCAUAGUCACAAUAUUAAAUGUUUUGUUCUAUGUAUUGUUUAUAUUGGUACUACACACAUGCAUGUGUUCCUGUAAACACUAUUCCUACACUCCGAUUUUUAACCUUUGUACCUUCAGGCCUUAGUACUGUGUGAGCCAACAUGGAGGACUCCAUACCUUUUAUCAAUGCUUAUUCUCUGCUGCCCUCUGGUGGUCACAGGUAUUCUUCCCAGCGCUUUAUUCAGUGACACUGUCAUGCGAUUUCUGUUGGAUGUCUUACCGGAUCCUUGUUGGGUGGCUUAUCCUAAGUUUUAGUUUGUAGAUAUAUAUACAUCUAAACAGCUGGAGGCAGUCAGUAGAUGUAACUGCAGCUUUUGUAAACAUUGGCAGUUUUAACAUUAACAAAAAGAAUUGUAGUUAAAAUCUUAAAAUGUCACAGUGGUCCUCUUGAUUGUCAUUAUAUUUAUCAUUUGUAGCACAGAUUAAGUGAAUCAGUGAAUUUACCUACAACACUCUGUCUUCAUUUUACUUAGUAUUGAUGCCAAAGACUUUGCUCAAAUUUCCCACAAUGCAAAGGGAUGCUGAAUAUUUAAAUAUAUGAAUUUCAUGCAGCGUGAUGUUCAAAGUUUAGUUGAUAUUUCAAAUGAUUAUAUGCAAUUAGUAUCUCCUCCCACUCCUUAUAUUUUGCAGCGUUACACCAAAGCCAAAACCAUAUGUCUUUUCAGUUCCUCUGUUUUCUCAGGCUCUAUUGAUACUGCUGGCAGUGUCACUCAUAAUGUUCUGUGGGCUUUUUUUUUUUUUUUAUUCAGCUGUUUGUUACAUGAGUUUUGUGUCACUGGUGUGUUUCCCCUGUCAGUACUGGGGUGAGCUUGGCCUUAUUAUUCUAACCUACAAUUUGGUGCGUGGAAAUUAAUCUGAUGUGUGUUUGGUGUUUUUUGUACCUGCCUUAGUUUUCAGCCUGAAGCUGCAUCAAACCUGAUAGAAACCGCGAUCUCCCAGUGAUUGUGUACUGAAUUCACAAGUAAUGAGGAAGGACCUUUACACAAUGGCUGAGUCCAGUUCCAAUUAAGCCUAUUACAAGCAAACUAUGAACUGUCAUGGUUUGUGCUGUUCACUAGAAUGCCAACUUUCUCCUCUUGUCAUGAUCCCCUUGUUAGACCGCCCCCUGCCCCACUCAUCUCUCCCAUCUCCAUUUAAACUGAGAGUGGAACAGACAGGUCUUUUCAGCAGGGAAGGGCACACAGCAGUGGAUUAUGCCCUCCCCCACUAUGCUUUAUUCACCACCUGCCCCUGUACCCCUACCCCCUUUCUCAUUAUCUACCCUAUCCCAAGCCCAUGGUGCCUCUGAGGCUCAGUCUCGUGGUCCAUAAUACCAUCAUUGCUAUCACAGUAUAUACCGCUUAAUGUUUUCCUUGCAUCUGUGCUCUGUUAUUAGCUGUAUGUAUUGCACCAGGGGGUUUGGCUGGGCUGAGUGAUAACUGUGGUUCAGGUGUGAGUUUACAUGCCUCAUUACACAUAAUCAAAGGCCCCCAGUUUGAGAGAGAAGGAGGGUCAGGGGCUCAGGUUUGAGCUGUUACGCAGCUUGUAUAAUAUUCAUGAAUAACGUAGAACAAAGGGCUGCAAGAUCAGCUUUUGUAAACUGCUGCUCUUGCAGUGGAAAUGGUUGUCUGAAGGCUGCAGCUGACAUUACUAAACACUAAAUCCUGUGUCUGGACUUUGCAAUAUUGAUAAAGUAUUAGUAGCCUUAAAGUUUUUAAUAUUGUGCAUUCUAAAUGAAAUUUUCUGUGAAAAUAAUGUAACUUUUUGCAUGUUCUUUAUUAUAGCUUUUGCCUUAUGCAAUGCCUCAGUUUUGUAACUGACACUACAGGGAAAUGCGGAGAGUAAAAGUGGGAUUAUCCUGGAUUAUCUUUAGGAUAUAUGGAUUACCUCUAUGCUAACUGUAAUCUUGUGUAUUGUAUAUGAUUGAUAUGGUGAAUGAAUGGAUGCUGUUUAUUUGCUUCUUUAAAUAAAUGUUAAAUGAUU